AUGGUUGGUUUGCUUGUGUCCCAAACUGUGUCACAACCUGUGGUGCCGACUAUUUUUGUCUUUGGGGACUCUACCGCAGAUGUAGGGACAAAUAAUUACAUACCAGAGUGUGGAGCUAAGGCCGACAUGCUUUUCAAUGGGAUUGAUUAUCCUGAUGCUAAGCCAACAGGAAGGUUUAGCAAUGGUUAUAACACUAUCGAUUUUAUUGUCCAAAAUUUGGGUUACAGUGAGAGCCCGCCACCUUUUCUCUCAUUUGUUCACAAGCAGCAGCUACAGAAUCUGAACGAGAGCAUCCUCAAUGUCAUGGCUGUUCACAUUGGCGCAAAACUUGGUGUGUGGAAAAUGGGUGAUAAGAAGUGGACUAACAUAGAUGAUGGAAGAGAGAGUGCUCUUUAUGAUGAUGCUGUUUAUUAUAAGGGAAAGUUCUAUGCUGUGGAUAUCACUGGGUUGGCUAUUUCCGUGGAUUCUUCUAUGAAGAUCAAAAAGGUUACACAUCCUUUACCUCGUUUUGGGUUUGGACAUGGUGGUCAGUUCAAGUAUUUGGUGAAGUCCCCAAAUGAGUUGUUUUUGGUGGACAAGGAUUAUGAUGUGGAAAGGGAAAUGUUUGAGGAUGAGCGUGUGGAUUCUGAUAGCGACAGUAGUGAUUUUCCACUUUAUUUGAUGGUGUAUAAGUUGAAUGAGGAAGAGUGCGAGUGGGUUAAGGUGAAGAGCUUGGGGGACUUAGCGUUAUUUGUGGGUGAUGAUUGUUCUUUCUGUGUUUCAGUUAAGGAUUACGUUGGAUGCAAGGCAAAUUGUGUGUAUUUCACUGAAGAUUCGUUCAGCAAAGGUGGUAGGGAUGAUUAUCCUGGUUAUGACACUGGGUUGUUUGAUUUGGAGGAUGGUACUGCUUCUCCAUUGUCAGCUUUUCCUGGCUAG